CUGUAAUUUUCCAAAGUUUCCUUUUUUUUUUCUCUGGGUUUUGUGUGUCUUCUUGAUUGGUCAGGUUCACACCUCUCCCUUUCUCUCUCUCUGUCCUCCUUUUUUUCCUUUGCCUCAUCUGUUUGGUCUGCUUCUUUUCAUUUUUAGUACAGAAACCAAGAAAGAAGAAUUAGGGAAAAGAGGAAAGGAAAGAGGAGAGAUUUAGAUAUUAUGGGUUAGGCCGGAGAUUUCUUGAUUUCUUCUUCAUCCUCUUUCUUUAGCGAUUUGAUUGCUGUUUCUCCUCUUCUCUUUUUUUUUCUGGGUCUGAAAGUUUUUUUCUUUUUUUUUCUGGGUUGAUUGUUUGAGUUGGCAAAGGUGUUAGGGUUAGGGUUUUUGAGCGUUGUGGGGUCGGAGCGGGGGCAGUAUGGGGGAAUCGCAGGCAUUGGAUUAAAGAGAGUGAGUCUGGAUUCUCCGGCGGGUAACGACCGCCGCCGCCGCCGCAGCCAUCGGAACCUUACUGACGACGGUGAGCCCCAAUAUGCUCCAUCAAUGGCGGAUACUGACUCCUCUGCCGCAACCAUCCUCCAUCACCACCGGACUUCUCCUCCGCCGUCGUCGAGGGUCGGGAUGAGGCGGCUGACGGCUGCGGCGGCUGACGGCUGCGGCGAGAUCGUGGAGGUUCAGGGAGGUCACAUUGUACGGUCAAUGGGGAGGAAGGACCGUCACAGCAAGGUCUGUACUGCCAAAGGGCCACGCGACAGGCGCGUGAGGUUGUCUGCUCACACGGCGAUUCAGUUCUACGAUGUUCAGGACAGGCUCGGCUUCGACCGACCCAGUAAAGCCGUCGAUUGGCUCAUCAAAAAGGCCAAGACCGCCAUUGACGAGCUCGCCGAGCUCCCUCCAUGGAACCCGGCCGAGACCCUCCGCUACGCAGCCGCCAACGCCAAGCCCAGAAGAACCGCCAAAACCCACCAAGCUUCACCGCCUCCGCAGCAGCUUCCGCCUCCUCCUCCUCCUCCGGUGACGCACGAGGGUCAGUUCAGUAUCGAAAUCGGCGGUGCUUCGGUGGUGGGUGUCACCGGAGAGGAUAACGGGUCGGGUUUUCUUCCGGCGUCGCUGGAUUCAGAUUCGAUAGCUGACACCAUAAAGUCGUUUUUUCCGGUGGGUGGAGGCGGCGCGUGUGCUUCAACCGAGGCUCCGCAUCAUCUGAUGCAGCAGAGCUAUCAUAAUCCGGCGCCGGAUUUGCUGUCUCGGACAAGUAGCCAAAACCAAGAUCUCCGGCUCUCGCUUCAGUCUUUCCAGGAUCAUCCUCCGCCGUUGCUCCUCCACCAUCACCAGGCGGAGCCGGUUCUCUUUGCCGGACCGAACAACCCACUAGGGUUCGACGCAUCGACGUCGGCGUGGGAGCAGUCGCACCACCAACAGAGCCACCAAUCUCUGGAAAUCGGGAGGAUCCAGAGACUGGGAGUACCCGACGGCGGCGGGGGAGGGUUUUUGUUCGCUUCUCCGCCGGCGACGGCGUCGUUUCAGCCAGUGUUCGGGCAAAGUCAGCUGUUUUCUUCUCAGAGGGGUCCCCUUCAGUCCAUUAACACGCCCAUGAUCCGCGCUUGGUUUGAUCCUUACCACCAUCACCACCACCACAUCGCCGGUGACGAUCUCCACGGCCACUCUUACCAUAUUUCUCCGGCGGUUCACCAAUCGGCGAUUCCAGGAAUCGGAUUCGCCUCUCAAACAGGCGAAUUCUCCGGUUUUCGCAUACCAGCGCGGAUUCAGGGCCAAGAAGAGGAGCACGACGGUAUCAGCAACAAGCCGUCCUCUGCUUCCUCUAUUUCUCGCCAUUGACAAGAUCCAAAAAUAGGGCAGACGAUUUGGGCAGGAAAAAAAAGAACAAGAGUCCUUAAACGAUUUCCUCUACUUCAAGUUCAAGGGCAGUUCUGAUGCUGCUAAGAUUGCGUGGAAGAUUAAAGGCGUUUUCGGCUUGCUAUUUGGAUCCAAUGGCCUUAAAACCAAGGAAAGGAGGAAGAAGAAGAAGAUAUCUGAUCUGCGAUUUCAGGUUCUUCUUUCAGAAUCCUGGCCUUGUAAUUUAGUUCUUCUUGUAUCUGUAGAACCAUUGUGCUUUUUUGUGUGUGUUUAGCCUCACGAAUUCACUCGUUGAUCAUGUCUGAAGCUGUGUUGUAUCAUCACCUUGUUGCUACAUUGAUCCGAACAUUUAAAAAUGUGACUGUUCCUGUUCUUUCUUUGUGUUCAAGUGUUUGAAUCUUCAAACCUUUGUGCCUCUGCAGCCGCCAAAGAUUCAAACUUUCUCUUUUCC